AAAAAAAGCAGCUACACGUUAAAAAUGUAACUGAAAACCUACUCCCAAUUCCCGUCCGCCAAAAAUAUACUACAGAGUGUAAUGCAGGAAAAUGGACAAAAUUCCACUUCCAAUGACCAGAAAACUAGCAAAUUGAAAAUGUAUUCACAGCAAACCUAGUUAACUGAAAUACUGUAACCAGUGGAGUGGACAAUGAAUGCACCACCAGUAAACAGCAACCAAAAAACGCCGAAAAGGGGAAAGUACCAGAAGAGACAAUACAACAAACAAACAAAAUACUUAAAGUAUAAUUCUGCCAGUUACUGUUUUUCUGUUGUUGUUCAUUUUUUUUUUUUCAAAAUUUUGAAAAAUUAAAAUGCACGCAAAUUUAAGUACAAAGAACCAAAAAUAGGGACAGCAAGAAAAACCGACUUAAUAAAACGUACAGCAAGUGUGCCCGAAAAGAUAACAACCGUAAUUGCAACUGCACAACAGAGCUAUCAGUACAACAACAAAGUAAUACAAAAUAUAUAAAUUGCUAAUACCACCCACCCCCCCCACCGCCCUCCCAACACCCCCUGCCACUGACGCUAGCAGGCAAACCACUCCUGGCCGCGCCACUUCACUCCGAAAUCCCCCCACUGGAGGCAGACAGAGCGAGACGGACAGUCUUGUCUGCCCACCAGAGACAGCGAAAAGGAGCGGAGCGGAGCGGAGCGGGGGCAGAGGCAGUGCGCCAUCGAAAUAAACAAACCACACGGACAGAGCGCGCGAGAGAUUGAGCGGGAGGAGAAAGCUUGCAGCCCCAAAAACACAGCAGAGCAGAGCACAGCAGAGAGAGAGCAGAGUGAGAGCAGGAAAAAGCUUUCGAACGCUCGCUUCAUGCAGAACACGAAGAAACAGCGCAAAAUAUCUGGUGAAAAUGGAGGGGACGAGCCGGAGCAGAAACUCCACCACGAGUCAGAGUCAGGACGUGGAAGAUCUCAAGCAAGACAUUCCCUACUUUGACGAGCCACCAGCGCCGACAACGCGAGCUGGUUCCACGCGCGGAACUGUUAGCAGAACUGAUUUUGGAACUGAAAGCGGCAUUGGCAGCGGAGCUGGCUCCGUCUUUGACACCGACCUCCUCUCGCUGGGCAAAACCGAUUGUAACCUGGCCGAAUACGAUCCCAGCGCCAUUGACUGGGAUCCCGACACAGAUGCCGGCGAUGCGGAGCCUGAUCCAGCUGCAGCUCCAGCUCCGGAACUGGAGGACGACAGCUAUCCGGACGAGAACGACAGCUCGGUGCUGGGCUCCGACUACGGGGCGAGCGGCAGCGGGAGUGCAGCGAACAGCUACUUCCAGUCGCCAACGCCUUCCAACUGCGAACUGAUGCUGCGUCCGCCAUCGAGUUCAGUGUACCACUUCAACUACCGAUCGCCGGCCAGUCCAGUGUCCGGAAUGGGAAUGCCGGGUACCCCUGGAGGAUCGCCGGCGGGCUCGAGCUCAAGCGGGGGCGGCCGCCGGCAUCCCUAUGCACAUUCCCCGGGCCUGUCGCACGGUCCGCACGGAGCGGCCUCGCCUAGCUUCUAUCCGAAUAUGUGGUAUCCGAAUUCGCCGUACAGCUCAUCCGGAGCGGGAUCUGGAGUCAGAGCCGCCGUUGGUCGCUAUGGCGGCUACGGCCCGGCUGCAGAUGGCAGUUCCGCAACGGGAACGGGAACGGGACCAGGACCCGGAUCCUUUGGCGCUCAUACGACACACCUGCAUCCGCUGCAUCAUCAGUAUCCACAUAUGCCAGCGCCGCAUCCGCACCAGCAUCCGCACCAGCACCCGCACCCGCACUCGCACCACCAUCCGCAGCACCAGCACCAGCAUUUGCAUCAACAUCCACACCCGCAUCCACACGAGACCAUGAUGGAGAUGUUCCAGCUGUCAAAUAGCGGCCGGGAGGCACGCAACCGGGCCGAAAAGAACCGCCGCGACAAACUCAAUGGCUCAAUUCAGGAGCUCUCCACGAUGGUACCCCAUGUGGCAGAGUCCCCGAGACGUGUGGACAAGACAGCCGUGCUGCGCUUUGCUGCCCACGGACUGCGGCUGAAGCACGCCUUCGGCAGGACGUUACAGCAUCAGCGGCCCCAGAUCACGGAUACCCUGAUGAGCAUGCUGGACAGCUUCUUCCUUACCGUUACCUGCCAUGGCCACAUACUGCUGAUCUCGUCGAGCAUCGAGCAGCACCUGGGGCAUUGUCAGACGGACCUGUACGGCCAGAGCAUCAUGCAGAUUACCCAUCCUGAGGACCAGAACAUGCUCAAACAGCAGUUGAUCCCCACAGAGCUGGAGAAUCUCUUCGAUGUUCACGCCGCAGACUCGGAAGCGGAUGGAGAGCCGCGAUUGCGCAGCAAGUCCGAGGAGGACUACAUCGAUCGCAAACUGCGCGAGGACAGGCGCAGCUUUCGCGUGCGAUUGGCUCGUGCGGGGCCCCGUUCGGAGCCCACAGCCUAUGAGGUGGUGAAGAUCGAUGGCUGCUUCCGACGGAGCGAUGAUGCGCCUCGUGGUGUGCGCUCGAGUACCUUCAGCUCGAGCUUGCAGCUGAUUCGGAGGACGCGAGGUCGUGACGAUGUCAUUCCGCUGCACACGAUCAGCGGCAACGACAUUGUUCUGACUGCCUGUGCUCGGAUCAUCCGUCCGCCGAAGAUAGCCAGCCGGCUGAUCGAUGCCAAUUCGCUGGAGUAUCGCACUCGCCACCUGAUAGACGGACGAAUCAUCGACUGCGAUCAGCGAAUCGGCAUUGUAGCGGGCUAUAUGACAGACGAGGUGCGCAACCUGAGUCCCUUCACCUUCAUGCACAAUGACGACGUACGCUGGGUGAUCGUGGCCCUGAGACAGAUGUACGACUGUAACAGCUCGUAUGGUGAGUCCACGUACCGUCUGUUCACCCGGAAUGGCAACAUCAUUUACCUGCAGUCCAAGGGUUACCUGGAGAUCGACAAGGAGACCAACAAGGUGCAUUCGUUCGUCUGCGUCAACACAUUGCUGGACGAUGAGGAAGGCAAGCGGCGCGUUCAGGAGAUGAAGAAGAAGUUUUCGGUGAUCAUCAACACGCAGAUUCCGCAGUCCACCAUCGAUGUGCCCGCCUCUGAGCAUCCGGCGCUGCUGGAGAAGGCCGUACUGCGACUCAUCCAGAAUUUGCAGAAGUCCAACGAGGACCCGUCUCAGCUGAAUGGCGACGACGACGAUGAGGAUGAGGAGGACGACGACGACGAAGACGAUGACGAAGAUGAUGGCGGUCGCAGCAUUUUCGAGUUCGGUGACUCCUAUCCGCAACAGCAGCAGCAUCAGCAUCAUUCGCGUCCGCAUCACAGCUCCUUCCUGGGCCACGCCUCAGUUUUGUUGGAAUCUCGCCACGGUCAAGGCAGCUCCAAGACCCCACCUUUGGCUCUGGUUCCGCCAGAAGCUGCCUCCGUAAAGUCCUCAAUUUCAAAGAGCAUCAGCGUGGUCAAUGUGACGGCAGCUAAGCAUCUGCGUGGCGUUCAAAGCUCGGCAGUAAAGUCACCAAGCUCCCUUCCAGAAUGCACCUGCCACGUACGUGGCGACUCCCUCUCCCAAUGCAAUCUCUGCCAGAUGCAGCUCACACCCGACCCGAAUCCACUGGGAACCUCCCAGAAGAGGAGCAGCUCAGCCCUACCGGAACAGGAGGAUGUUAAGAUGGCAAAGCGUCGCUUUAUGCCCAGCACAGAAAUCGAGCAUGUGCUGAACACGUCCCUGGACCAGAUUGGACGCAAGCUGUCCCAUCAGCUGAAUGUAGCCAGAAAUCUACGGGACCAGGGCAAUCGAUACGAGCUGCCUCAUGCGAAUCAGCGUUUCGAUGAGAUCAUGCAGGAGCAUCAGAAGCAAAGUGAACUGUUUGUGAACAUCAAGAGCGAGUACGAGGUGCAGCUACAGAACAAGGCCAGCAAUGCCAGUGCAACUAAGAAUUCGGAUUCCGAGCCACACAGACAGGAUCAGGAACAGGAACAGGAUCAAGGUCAGGAUCAAGCGAGGCCGUCUUAAACAGACAGAUAGACAGACAGGCUGGCGCUGGCAGACAGGAGGACAAAGACAAAGACAGAGGAGAGGAGAGCGGAGAGAGGAGGAUCGGCUCUCGACUGAAGAGAAGGGUUUCAUCGAUGAUGUGAUAACACUGUCUUGGCAGCAAGCUCAACAAAAUGAUGGAGCAAACACAUAGUUUUAAUCUAGUUGGAAGCAUCAAACACUACUGAACCCAUCCAUGAGUGAUCAUGAGACAACGUGCAUACAAUACUUUUCAAAUGCCUGCCGGCCACACACGCCCUCCUCCCCUGCCCACUUGGCCCCACAGCCCCCACAGCCCUACACAGGCAGGCAUACAUACUUGUUUGUUUGUUCGUUGUUUUAACCGUUAUAUACCAUGUAGAUGUUAGUCACACAGAUGUGUAGAGCUAGUGUUGGUUAACUUCAAAUUUAGAGUCGCACACCGAAGAGUGCUGGAAAGUGGAUGUGAAGGAUUAACAAUUAUUAGUCUAAAUCGGAAUAUAAUUAAACUAUAUAUAUAUAUAUAUAUAUAAUUAUAUACGUAUGUACCAUACAUUAUGCAUGUUGCAGCAUGUGCAUAACCAAAACUAAACGUGAUAAAAGACUGUUACCAACUACAUACAUACAUACAUAUGUACAUAGAUACAAACAUACCUACAUGCAUAACUAUACAACACUAAAAUGUAAACAAAUUUCUGUAAAACUAUAUAUGUAUGUACAUAUGUACAUUCACACACACACACACACACAUGUGUACGUAUAUGGCGUAGCUAAACUAAAUUUACUGUACGAAAAUUUUUUAUAGAUGUUUAAUGUUGCUAGGCUAUAAGAGUAUCCGGAAUCGGAAUUCGGUUCCGAUUCCCCCUCCUCACAGAAUCGAUCUGUAAAGUAUAGAAUGAUUUUGGCAGGCACAUUCGUUGAAAGUGAGCCAAGUAAAAUUAGCAAACAGUAAAUACAUAUGCAUAUAUGUAUAUUGUACAUACAUUCAUACAUACAUAUAUUGUACGAUGAAAACUAGAAAUACAAAAAGAAGAUAAAUCGAUGAGGGAAAAUAAUUAUGAGAAAUAUGUUAAAUGUUUGUUAUGCAUUUGUUUUUUUUUAUCUAAAUUAAUAUUAAAAUAGUGUAUUAGAGAAUAAACUUGUGUACCUAUAUACAAAACCAUGAAAUUACAAGCACGCCAUCCAGGAGAAUCAAAAUGGGAAAACCACUUGAAUUUAAAUUCAAAUAGAAACGGUUAAAGGUGCGCGCGUCUAUUCAGAACAAGGCGGCAAAAAAGAGUGCUGCAAAGCACUUUGAAGAAGAUUCACAUCCAGUAAAAAAUAUUUUAAAAUGGAAUGUUCUUGCAAAAGUCUAGGAUUUUAACUGCAUAUUAAUAAUGGACCCGAUAAUAAAACUAAUUC